AUGGUCAAGUUCCCCGUUCCCGAGAGCAUGACCGUCAAGCAGGCUCAGGCCAAGUGCGGUGACCAGGCUCAGCUCUCCUGCUGCAACAAGGCAGUCUACGCCGGUGACACCACCGAUGUCAACUCCGGCAUGCUCGGCGGUGCUCUGUCCAACCUGAUCGGUUCCGGCUCCGGUGCUGACGGUCUCGGCCUGUUCGACCAGUGCUCCAAGCUGGACCUCCAGAUCCCAAUCCUGAUUGCCAUCCCCAUCCAGGAUCUUGUCAACCAGAAGUGCAAGCAGAACAUUGCUUGCUGCCAGAACUCCCCCUCAUCCGCCAACUCGGAUCUGAUCGGCGUGGGCCUCCCCUGCGUUGCCCUCGGCUCCAUCAUCUAA